UGUGCGGGGGGUUCCGAUUGGACACAACGUGCAGGGGGGCGGGGCAAGUUCAGGACUGCAAAGGCAAACAGAUACAGACAGAUCACAGAGACCUGCAUUACCCCAUCUCUACUUCCUGCAGGCCUUGUUUGCCUGCAUUGAUGCAAACCAGGGACCGAGGAAAAGGGGAACCGUUUGCUGAAAAAAUGUCUGUUGAGGCUCUUGGGCUGUUGCCUCGGCGUUUAGCGAGACUGACUGAAACCGCAGACUCUUCUUCCGGGCAGCGCAAGCCGAGUGCUGUGGAGCGCCUGGAGGCUGACAAGGCAAAGUACGUUAAGAGCCAGCAAGUGGCACUCAACAAGCAGCUGCCAAUCAUCCGAAAGCCCUUGAUGCCAUCCUGCAACAGCGGGCAGCUUCGACCAGGUGCACCACAACCAACGCGCAAAUUGGCUGCUCGCUCCACAUCUAAACCUGAGGCUCCGCCCCUUAACCUAGAACACCUGAAUAGCCUGAUUAAUGGAGUCAGUGAUGCACUUCCAUCCAGUAGUUUGCAAAGGGUAAAGCCUGGAAAACGUCAAGAUUCUGCAGCAGGCAGUGUAUCUCCGCUCCCUUCCCCGACUUUGAGUGCAGUUGGAGACGAACCAGACUUGACAAAAGACUCAACACCACAAAAGAAAAUAUUAGGAGAUGGCCAUGCAGCCAAUGGGUCUUCUUCUUAUACAGUAACAGUACGGCGAUUUGAUGUGAGGCCUCACUUAAUGACACCGCAGAUGAGAAAGCCAUGCCGAGCACAGCUCCCCGGGCAGCGCGUCCACUCCCAGCUUUUGCAGCUGCUCAGGCCGUACACUCAGACUUCCCCUCCACCACAGCCUCUUCAGCCCAUCAAAAGCCGGCAUGACAUCAUAAACAUCUCCACUCCUGUGAAAUCCCCUGUAAGCCCAGUUCAGGCUUCACCAUUCUCUGCUGAACCCCUAACUCCUGCCUUACUUUCCCCUGAUAAAUCUCCAAAAGAAAAAAAUGAAGUGUCUCUCACCUCAGCCCAGGAACCCCUCCCACCUCCAUCUCCUGCUGGCACCCACAAGUCCUCAGUAAGCUCUAGGAAACGAAGGUCGCUAACGCGUUCCAAGUCUGAUGUGAGUGACCGUUUUUCCCGCGUUGGUGCAGAAGUCGAGCGUUUCUUUAACUACUGUGGCCUCGAACCAUCAGACUUUGAAGAGCUGGCGCCUGGUUCGGACAUUGCAUCUAUCUCGCGCCUGCGUAGUGCUAGUGCUCCUGCAUCAGAGUGCACAGCUGAAGGGGAGGGGGAUGGAGAAGAGGAGGAGGAGGAAGCAGCCAAAGAUGAGAGGCCCAGCUAUGGUGUUUCAGUCAUAGAAAGAAAUGCACGGGUGAUCAAGUGGCUGUUUGGAAUGCGCCAUACCAAGGACAGCACAAAAGUGGCUAACGUUUAGCUUGGACGACCAAGGUGACUCAAGGUUGUGCGUGUGCACUAAAAAGCUUGGGUUUUUAAUUCUCAAGACUUUAGGCAUUAUUCUGUGAAGUUAUUUUCACAGUCCAAUAUCCCCAGCCUCUGUGACCUCUGUAAACCAGUUAAAAAGCAAAUGACGUGGACCACUAACAUCCAACCAAUCACAUCGAGGAGGCAUCUCUGCUUGCCUGUCAAUCAUGUUUGCCUGACAAACACUGACUGGAGGCUCUGUAUUUGUUUGCUUUUUAAGCUUCAAAACUGCUAGCUGCUGCUAAUUUUUGCUAAAACCACUGACUGUACCUUUAAUAUCAAGUGCCUUGUAGUUUCUAUUACAGGUUUAUAUUACGUCUGUUUAGGGUAAUGAGAAAAAGGUUCCAGAGCUACCGGGAUCAAGAUAUGUCAUGUCUGCUGCUGUGGAAGUAAUUGGAUAUGAAACAUAUUCAAUUAACUACAUAUUACUGAUUUAAAUGUAUAUAUGUGUGUUUUUGGGGUUUUUUUGGGGUUUUUUUAUGUGUAUGUAUAAUUCCCUUCAAUAUGAGAAACGAUGAUCAUGUAAUGUAUAAACACCAAAAGUAUAAAAGUAUUUGUUGCAUUCAUGUGUUCAUCAUAUCUGUGGAUUACGGAGUCCGUAUUUGUGUGCCUGGUUCUGCUCAAUAAUAUUUGCCCUCUGUUGUCAGAUCUGUAUUGCAAGUAGUUUUUCCUCUGACCUGAGUAGAUCUUCAUAUACAGAUGCACAGAUUGUCCAUGUUGACUGAUGGAUUGUCAUAAUUAAUAAAAUAAAACAAAUUGCUUGGAAAA